GAGGGGCUUCUCUCUUGUUGACACUGCUUCGUGCUGAUCUCUGAGCGGCUGUUUGCUCCAGUUUCACUGGAGUUCAAACUUUAUCAUCGAUUUUAUAUCGAAUCGUUUCUGUGACAAACUUUCAAACGUUUAUCGAACAUCUGUAAACAUUUGUUUAAAGUGACGAGUUCACGAGCUGAAGCAGUCGAGAGGAGCUAACACCGGCUAACGUCUGUUAGCAUCAUUCAUCUGAACGGAAAGGAGGCUUCGUGUGUGUGCGUGUAGCUUCCUGUCUGUAGCUGUAGGGUUUGUUCAGCAGCUGUUUAACAUGGAACAUGACCGGCGAUGAACUGCGGAGAUAGAGAUAUCAAAAUAAGACGAGUUUCCGGUAGGAAGAGGUCGAGAGAUGGAGCUCAGAGUCACAUGACCCCUGCCAGGAAGAGAGGAGGAGGAGGAGGAGGAGGAGGAGGAGGAGGAGGAGGAGACACAUGUUCCACCAACAGGAGGGUCAACAGCAUCAUGGCUCAACCUGCUGAGUUCUGCAGCGACACGGAGGACCUGUUUGGAGACUACGACAGUCUCCUGGAGGACAGCUCGCUCCUGGGGAAGCUCGAGGACGCAGAGCGGGACGAGAGACGGCGUGAGCUCCAGAUCGUGGCCGCGGAUCAGCCGGACCUCGCCGCUCCGCCACCGCCCGAAGACGGCGUCCAGAAGCGCUCCUGCCAAGAUGUCCUCACAGACUCCAUCUUGGACGUCCUGGGGGACGAACCCUUCGAGGACUUACCUUUCAGCCAGUUUCAGUUUGAAGAACAGAUCGGUGAAGGUGUGAAGAGGAACAAGCUGCAGGACGGAGACAAAACUUCAACUCCUUCUAGAAACGCAGGAGACAGUGGACACAGGAGGACGUCUGGGGCCGGGACAGACAGACGCACAGACGAUAGAACCAGGAGCCGAGCGAGGAGGAGCGUGACGGAUCAGCUGAAGAGGACGAUGCUCUGUAACGCUGCCGCUCCGUCCAGCGUCUGUCGCUCUGUCGGGAUGAAGGAGGCCGUGGUGACCGAGGAGAUCAGCGUGGCCAGGCAGGCCAUGGAGACGGUGUCCUCGGAGACGAGCGACCUGGGCCCGUUCUUUGGACUCCCCUCCAAAGUAAAAGACCUGAUGUACAGGCUGAGAGGAAUCAAGAGCUUAUAUGAUUGGCAGGAGACGUGUCUGAACCUCGACUGUGUUCAGCAGCGGAAGAAUCUGAUCUACUCUCUUCCGACCAGCGGAGGGAAAACUCUGGUGGCAGAGAUCCUCAUCCUCCGAGAGCUGCUGUGCAGGAAGAAGGACUGUCUGUUCAUCCUGCCUUACAUCUCACUGGUGCAGGAGAAGGUGCGCGGGUUGGCGAGCUUGGGCCUGGAGCUGGACUUCAUGGUGGAGGAGUACGCCGGCAGUAAGGGCCGGUUUCCUCCGGUGAAGCAGAGAAACCAGACGUCACUUUACAUCUCGACGAUAGAGAAAGGCCACGGCCUGGUGAACUCUCUGAUCGAGUGCGGCCGGCUGGAUAACGUCGGCCUGGUGGUGGUGGAUGAGCUUCACAUGUUGGGUGAUGGAAGCAGAGGAGCUGUCAUUGAAAUGACUCUGGCUAAAGUUCUGUACAUGAGCAAGAAGACUCAGAUUAUUGGCAUGAGCGCCACCUUGGGAAACAUCAGGGACCUGCAGACGUUUUUAAAGGCUGAAAAUUACACAAAUGACUUCAGACCUGUCCAGUUGAAAGAAUACGUCAAACUGAACGACACGAUCUAUGAAGUGGACCCGAAGGAGGAGGACUGCUUCAGGUUCUCACGUCUCCUCAACUAUAAGUAUUCCAGCUCGAUGCAGAAGAUGGACCCGGACCACAUCAUCGCUCUGGUGACUGAAGUCAUUCCCACGCACUCGUGUCUGGUCUUCUGUCCGACCAAGAAGAACUGUGAGAACGUCGCCGGGAUGAUCUGUAAAUAUCUGAAAGAGGAGUUCCUGCAGCACAGGCAGGAGGACAAGGCCGUCCUCCUCAGAGAGCUGAAGGACAGCGGGGACGGCUCGGUGUGUCCGGUGCUCAGGAGGACGGUGCCGUACGGCCUGGCCUACCACCACAGCGGACUGACCACCGAGGAGAGGAAGCUGGUGGAGGAGGCCUACUCCAACGGCGUGCUCUGUCUCCUGGCCUGUACCUCCACCCUCGCUGCUGGGAUCAACCUCCCGGCUCGCAGAGUGAUUCUCCGCUCGCCGUACGUGGCCGCGGACUUCCUGAAAAGGAGUCAGUACAAACAGAUGGUGGGACGAGCCGGGCGAGCGGGCAUCGACACAGUGGGGGAGAGUAUCCUCGUCCUGCAGGACAAAGACAGGAACAUGGCUCAAACUCUGGUCUGCGCUCCGAUGGAGACCUGUCGCAGUCACCUGAUGCACGACGAUGGAAAAGGAAUCCUGAGUCUCAUCCUGUCGCUCAUCGGACUCAAUAUCACCAGCUCGAUGGAGCAGGUCCGGGACUUCCUGCAGGGGACGCUGUUGUACGUGCAGCGGGAGCAGCUGUGUGCGGAGCGGAGUCUGUGGGACGUGGUGCAGCAGUGUGUGGACGUCCUGCAGGAGAAAGACCUCAUCGCCGUGACCUCAGAGACACAGACGCUGCAGGUCACCAAGCUCGGAAAGGCUACGUUUAAAGGCUCCGUGGACCUGAGCUGCAGUGGCGCCCUCUACCAGGACCUGUCCCGCGGCCUGGAGGGGCUGCUGCUCAACAGCUACCUGCACCUGCUCUACCUGGUGACGCCGUACGACCUGGUCGCCCAGUGCAAACCCGACUGGAUGAUUUACUUCAGACAGUUCACGCUUCUGUCCGUGGCCGAGCAGAAGAUGUCUGCAGCCGUCGGCGUGCCGGAGAGUUUCGUAGCGAGAAAAGCUGCCGGACAGACGGUGAAAAACAAUGUGGACAUGACGGUGGCGAGGCGCAUGUAUCUGGCUCUGGUGCUGUUCUGUCUCCUGAGGGAAACGAACCUGUGGAGUGUGGCUGACCGCUUCCAGCUGAGCCGAGGCUUCGUGCAGACGCUGCUCAGCUCCUCGUCGGCGUUCUGCUCCUGCGUCCUGCACUUCACCGAGGAGCUGGAGGAGCUGUGGCCGUUCAAAGCGUUGCUGACGGAGCUGACGCGGAGGCUGAGUUACUGUGUGAGGGCGGAGCUUAUCCCUCUGAUGGAGGUGGUUGGAGUCAUGGAGUCACGAGCGAAGCAGCUGUACAACGCCGGCUACAAGACGCUGACUCGCCUGGCGAACGCCGACCCCGCCUUCCUGUCCAAGACGAUGGAAAACCUGUCCAACAAACAGGCCAAUCAGAUCGUGGCCUCGGCUAAAAUGCUGCUGAAUGAGAAGGCGGCGGCUCUUCAGGAGGAAGUGGACGACCUGCUGAUGGCGCCGUUAGAUCUGCCUGCUGAUUUAUCAGCAGAGCAACUCGUCUGAGUUUAUUUAUCAUUAAAUAUUUAUACAUAACUUUUAGUCUCUGUCUGAACUGCUGCUGUCCGGCUUUUUAUACUUUCAUUGCUUUGAAAUACACAUUUAUUUUAUUAAAUAAGUUUCAUUAACUUCACUGUGAUCAUGAAGAGACGUCUGUUACUCUAAGAUUCAUUCUGACAAAUAAAUCUGUAAAACACA